AUGAGCCUGGACGAUGUCCGCGUGCAGUGGAUGCGGGACCGGGUGCUGAGCGCCCUGGGGCUCUCCGACCAGGCGCCCUUCGAGGAGCUGCUGAACCGGGGCGAUGGCGAGGAGGGCGAGACCGUGCUGCGCUUCCUCAACCAGCGCGCGGCCGGCGAGGAGGGGGAGGUGGCGGGGGCCGCGCUGCUGCUGCGGACCGAGCUGCGCCAGGAGGAGAUCGAGAUCGAGAUCGUAGAAACAGAGGAGCCUACCAUAUCUGAAAAUGACCUGAAGGAGGGGGAUCCAGAUAACCCUCGUCAGGAGGAGUUGGCUGAGACCGCCUCAGUUGGAGCAGCAGAAGGAAAGAGGGAUCGGAAAACCAAAGCAUCUGUUUCAGAAUUUCUAGACACUAAAUCUUUGCGAGAACAUACAUCGCGUCUAUCCAUUAUGUCGGGUUUGAGUGAGCUAGCCCAAGGAUUUGCAGGUGAAAGCAGAGAGCAAAUAUUCAAAAUCAUAAAACAGACAGUUUACAACCUAUAUUUUCAUGUGGCUUUUAAUGACAUUUCUGAAGAAUUUGUACAUGAUGAUAUUAUGUUCUUUCUCAGAGAUACAAGAGAAACAGUUAGUGAACCUAAUGAUGUGAAUGAAGCUAAUGAAAUUCUGCCUGAAUUGCUAGAGUGUGGCAUUCUGAAUGGUCACACUCUUUUGAUGCUGAAGAAUAUUUUCUCACAGGUUUUUUUGCCUGCUUUGUCCCAUAAUCAGCACAAGGCUGAGGAACCUGCCUUUCAUCCAGACACCGAAAAGCCAGAGCCUGAAGACAGGCGUUUAGCUGAAGCUGAGCCUCUUGAAAAAAAGAAAGCGCAGUCUGUGGAAUUUCACAGUUUUCACAUAAUAAGGAAUGAGUUCUUAAUGAACAUGCAGAAAUUCCUAAGCCAUAUUCAAAGGACUAUACAGCAGAUUGAAGGAGAGAUUAAAUUGGAGAUGCCAACUAUAAAUCUAGAUGCAGAAGUGAGUGAACUUGCCACAGAUCCAGAAGUGAUUGAAACACUGGAGCACUGUGGAAUGACCUGGCUAACAUUAAUAUCCACAGCCGUUGAGGAACAACUCAGAAAGGUCCCACAGGGUAAUGGCCCACUAGCAGAAAUUGACCUGUGGCGUGAAAGAAAUGCUACUUUAAGUGCUCUGACUGAACAGAUAAAGCUCCCAUUAGUUAAAAAAAUCUUAGCAGUACUAAAGGAAGCUGAAUCUGGACUUCUUGAAAAUUUGCAGAUAGUCAUAAAUGAUCUUAGCAGGCACCAUGUGGAAGCUGUAGAUAAUGUUAGGUUUCUUUCAACUCUGGAGCGCCAUUUGAAGAAUUUAACUCAUGGCACUGGAUUUAAUAUUGUCUUGGAUACAAUUCCUUCAAUGAUGAACGCACUGAGAAUGGUUUGGAUUAUCUCACGGCAUUACAACAAGGAUGAGCGGAUGAUACCCCUUAUGGAAAGAAUUGCAUGGGAAAUUACAGCAAGGGUCUGCAAAGUUGUGGACUUACGGACUUUGUUUAAAGAAGAUAGAAGCAUUGCAAAAACUAAAUUGUUGGAAGCCAAAGGCUCUCUUGAAAUGUGGAAAAAAUCCUAUUUCGAUAUUCGUGCCCAAAUUGAAGCCUCAGGAAGAGACCAACGAUGGGAAUUUGACCGAAAGCGUCUAUUUGAAAAAACCGAUUAUAUGGCUUCGAUCUGUCAAGAUCUGUAUGAUAUUGUGCAGGUUAUUGAAGAGUUCUACAAUAUAUUUGGUCCUGAACUGAAAGCUGUCACUGGAGAUCCAAAGCGCAUUGAUGAUGUAUUGCGAAGGGUUGAUGGGCUGAUUAGUCCUAUGGAAGUGCUGACUUUUGACCCUUUUAGCAUCAAAUGUGCAUCCCAAUGGAAAUUUGUUAUGGAAGAUUUUAAAUCAGAAGUGCUGGUUAUAGAAAAAGAGGCCAAGAAUUUUAUUGACGAGUCCUUUAAGACCCUUCGAUCAGCAGAGGCUGCGUUUGACAUGCUCUUAAACUUUAAACACAUCCGCUCUCGGGAUGCCAUCAACAGACAGAUGAUGAUGAAAUUUAAUGAUAUUCUGGCACAGUAUUGUAAAGAGGUUGACAUAGUUAAUAACAUCUUCAUCCAAAACCUCAGUAAUCCACCUCUGUACAAGAAUCAUCCUCCAAUGGCUGGGGCAAUAUAUUGGUCACGAUCCCUUUUCCAUCGUAUCAAACACACUAUUAUUCGGUUUCAAGAAGUAGAGGAGUUGCUGGCCAGUGAGCGUGGGAAGGAGGUAAAACAUAAGUAUCUGGAAGUGGCUAAGAGAAUGAAAGAAUAUGAAGAUCUGAAAUAUGAUCAUUGGAGGGACUGGACUGAACAGAUGCUCCCAGUAUUAUUGAAAAAAACCCUGCUUGCUAAAGUCCAUCCUUCUGGGACCAUAGUCCAAGCUAAUUCGGAGCCCUCCGAUCAGGUGCUGAAUUUGCAGGCUUUUAAUGCAGCCGUUCUUCGGGAUGUCCCACUGUUCCAAACAGAAACUAUUUUAUCUGCUCCUGAGAUAAUCCUGCAUCCUAAUGCCAGUGAAAUUGACAAAAUGAGUGUUCAUUGUAUCAGAGACUGUGUUGAAGUCACUAAGCAUUUUGUACGAUGGAUGCACGGCACCUGUAUCGACUGCCCCCCUCAGCAUGCUGAAGAAGACGAACUCAUCACCUUAAGUUUUUUUAAUGACAUCUCUCAGAAUCCAUUAAUAAUCGAGCAGGCUGUUCUCAUCACUCAAAACAUACACAAGCUCCUGAAUUCUCUCACCAAGUACUUGAAUCGAUGGAAGAGAUAUCGCCCUCUGUGGAAAUUAGAUAAAGCCAUUGUUAUGGAGAAGUUUGCUGCAAAGAAACCAGCUUGUGUCACCUUUGAUGAAAAGUUGCAGUUCUAUAUUAAGAUAGCUCAAGAAGUGACUCAACAGCCCUUGAUUAAAGAUGAACAGUGCAUUAGGCUUACCCUGGGCCCUUUAGCCUACACAGUACAGGAAAAUGCAAAAGGUUGGGUGACUUCUCUUGGAAAACUUCUCAAUGAAUCUGCAAAAGAGGAACUCUUCAGUCUUCAGGAAGAAAUUGAGAGAUUAUCACAAAACCUUAGGAAAACUCCUGAUUCUUUGGAAGAUCUCAAAUUUGUUCUUGGCACAAUUGCAGAGAUCAAAGAUAUGACUCUACAGGUGGAAUUGAAAUAUUUAGACAUUCAGGAGAGAUACCGGACCCUUGCAGUAUAUAACAUUCCUACAACUGAAGAAGAGAGAGAGUUGGUCGACAAGAUUAAGCAAAUGUGGGAUACCCUCUUAUCUGAUGCAUCGGAAGUUGAUCACAGCCUUGGAAGCAUCAAAAAGACAUUCACAGAGAUUACAAGGGAGCAGAUUGGAGACUACAGUAGCCAGAUAGCAGAUUUUUUCCACAGAUUUACUACUGAGGGGCCUGGUGCUGUUGGGGAGAAUCUUGACAAAGGAUUGGAGCUCUUAGAUAUUUUUGAUAAGGAAUUGGAAAAACAUGAGAAAAAUCGUCAGGAGUUGGCUAAUGCUGAGAAACUUUUUGACCUUCCAAUCACAAUGUACCCUGACUUAUUAAAAGUGCAGAAGGAUAUGAAGGGUCUAAAGCAGAUCUAUGAAAUUUAUAAGUUGCAAAGAGCUGCUAAAGAGGAAUGGUCGCAGACCCUUUGGGUAAAUCUCAAUGUGCAGUUUCUCCAAGAAGGAAUUGAAGGAUUUCUUAAAAGCCUCCGAAAGCUGCCCAAACAAGUGCGCAGCGUGCCGGUGGCUUAUCACCUGGAAGCAAAGAUGAAGGCAUUCAAGGACUCCAUUCCUUUGCUGCUUGAUUUGAAAAACGAAGCAUUGAGAGACAGGCAUUGGAAAGAUCUUAUGGAGAGAACUGGCACUAGUUUUGAAAUGACAACAGCAACUUUCACCUUGGAGAAUAUGUUUGCUAUGGAGCUGCACAAAUACUCAGAUGUUAUCAAUGAGAUAGUGGGAUCUGCUGUUAAAGAGCUUAGCAUUGAGAAGGGUGUUAAGGAGAUAGUGGAAACUUGGGAGAACAUGAAGUUCACUGUACAAAGGUAUUUCAAAGGCACUCAAGAGCGAGGCUUUAUUUUGGGACCGGUCGAUGAAAUUACUCAGAUUCUUGAUGACAAUGCCGUCAAUCUUCAGAGUAUCUCAGGCAGUCGAUUUGUAGGUCCUUUUCUAUCAACAGUUCACCACUGGGAAAAAACUCUGUCCUUGAUUGGUGAAGUUAUUGAGGUCUGGAUGGUGGUUCAGAGGAAAUGGAUGUACCUGGAGAGCAUCUUUAUUGGUGGGGAUAUAAGAUCACAGCUUCCAGAGGAAGCAAAAAAAUUUGACAACAUAGACAGGAUAUUUAAAAGGAUAAUGGGUGACACUGUAAAAGACCCAGUGAUAAAAAAAUGCUGUGAAGCCCCAAAUCGACUCACAGACCUCCAGCAGAUAAGUGAUGGUCUAGAGAAAUGUCAGAAAAGCUUGAACGAUUAUCUGGAUUCAAAGCGGAAUGCUUUCCCCCGAUUUUUCUUUAUCUCUGAUGAUGAGUUGCUCAGCAUCCUCGGUAGCAGUGACCCGCUCUGCGUUCAGGAACACAUGAUAAAGAUGUAUGAUAACAUAGCAUCCCUGAGAUUUCAGGAGGGUGAUAGUGGUGAAAAAAUUGCAACAGCCAUGAUUUCCGCUGAAGGAGAAGUGAUGGAGUUCCGGCGGGCCAUUGCCGCAGAAGGCCGAGUCGAGAACUGGAUGACAGCUGUUCUGGUUGAAAUGAGAAGAACAAACAGACUCAUUACUAAAGAGGCCAUUUUUCGAUACUGUGAAGAUAGAAGCAGAGUUGACUGGAUGUUGAUGUAUCAAGGCAUGAUGGUGCUGGCUGCUAAUCAGGUCUGGUGGACCUGGGAGGUGGAAGACGUCUUUCACAAAGUGAAGAAAGGAGAAAAACAGGCAAUGAAACUUUAUGCCAAGAGAAUGCAUGAGCAGAUUGAUGCCCUGGUUACCCGAAUCACAAAGCCAUUAAAUAAAAAUGACAGAAAAAAAUACAAUACUGUUCUCAUCAUUGAUGUCCAUGCCAGAGAUAUUGUUGAUUCGUUUGUAAGAGACAGCAUCAUGGAAGCUCGAGAGUUUGAAUGGGAAAGCCAGCUGCGUUUUUACUGGGAUCGAGAGCCUGAUGACCUGAAUGUGCGUCAAUGCACUGGCACCUUUUCCUAUGGUUAUGAAUAUAUGGGCUUGAAUGGAAGACUAGUCAUCACUCCCCUUACAGAUCGUAUCUAUCUAACGCUCACACAGGCGCUAUCCAUGUUUUUGGGAGGAGCACCUGCAGGGCCAGCAGGUACAGGGAAAACAGAGACAACCAAGGAUCUGGCCAAAGCCCUGGGCUUGCUGUGUGUUGUAACAAACUGCGGCGAAGGCAUGGAUUUCAAAGCAGUUGGUAAAAUUUUCUCCGGUCUUGCCCAGUGUGGGGCAUGGGGAUGCUUUGAUGAAUUUAAUCGUAUAGAUGCUUCUGUGCUUUCAGUCAUCUCUUCUCAGAUCCAGACAAUACGAAAUGCUCUAAUGAAUCAGUUGAAAACAUUUCAGUUUGAAGGGCAGGAAAUUUCCCUGGAUGCACGAAUGGGCAUUUUUAUAACCAUGAAUCCUGGGUAUGCUGGCCGUACUGAGCUCCCUGAAUCUGUAAAAGCUUUAUUCAGACCCGUGGUUGUGAUUGUACCAGAUCUCCAGCAAAUCUGCGAAAUCAUGCUCUUUUCCGAAGGUUUUCUUUUGGCAAAGGCCCUUGCCAAAAAGAUGACAGUAUUAUACAAGUUAGCAAGAGAGCAACUUUCUAAACAGCAUCAUUAUGAUUUUGGACUGCGUGCUCUCAAGUCUGUACUUGUGAUGGCUGGAGAACUGAAGAGAGGAUCACCUGAUCUUAAUGAGGAUGUGGUAUUGAUGAGAGCUCUCCGAGAUAUGAAUCUUCCUAAGUUUGUGUUUGAAGAUGUACCUCUCUUCCUUGGCCUGAUCUCUGACUUGUUUCCUGGCCUGGAUUGUCCUCGAGUCCGCUAUCCUAACUUUAACGAUGCUGUAGAACAAGUGCUAGAAGAAGGUGGUUAUGUCGUUUUACCAAUCCAGGUGGAUAAAGUAGUUCAAAUGUAUGAGACAAUGUUAACUCGUCAUACUACUAUGGUGGUUGGACCUACUGGAGGUGGCAAGUCUGUUGUCAUUAAUACUUUGUGCCAGGCCCAAACCAGGCUAGGAUUAGUGACAAAGGUUUAUAUGCUGAACCCUAAAGCCAUGAGUGUGAUUGAGCUGUAUGGUAUUCUUGAACCUACCACGCGAGAUUGGACAGAUGGAGUUCUAUCAAACAUCUUCAGGGAAAUCAACAAACCUACUGAUAAGAAAGAGCGAAGGUACAUUUUAUUUGAUGGAGAUGUGGAUGCUCUCUGGGUGGAAAAUAUGAAUUCUGUAAUGGAUGAUAACAAGUUGUUAACCUUGGCCAAUGGGGAGCGCAUCAGGCUGCAGGCUCACUGUGCUCUGUUAUUUGAGGUUGGAGACUUACAGUAUGCAUCUCCUGCUACCGUGUCCCGUUGUGGGAUGGUCUUUGUAGAUCCUAAAAACUUGAAAUAUAAGCCGUACUGGCAGAAAUGGCUUAACCAGAGAGGAAACAAGCAAGAACAAGUUGAGUUAAAUCGUCUCUUUGAAAAAUAUGUACCAUACCUUAUCGAUAUGAUUGUAGAAGGAAUUAUGGAUGGCAAGCAAGGAGAGAAGCUGAAAACCAUUGUUCCCCAAACAGAUUUAAAUAUGGUGAUGCAGUUGACUAUGAUGCUGGAAGCCAUAGUAGUGCUGGAACCCGAUGAUCCUGAUGUUCUGGAGUGCUACUUCCUGGAAGCUUUGUAUGCCUCUUUAGGUGCUACGCUCCUUGAUACGGGAAGAAUUAAAUUUGAUGAAAGUAUUAAACGUAUUUCCUCAAUGUCAAUGGUUCAAGAUGAUAAUGUCAUGGCUAAACCAGGGGAACUGCCAGGUCAGCUUCCAACUUUGUAUGACUUUCAUUUUGAUGGGUGUCAAAAAAAGUGGGUACCUUGGAGCAAACUAGUUCCUGAAUACUUUCAUAAACUUGAUGUGAAAUUUAUUGACAUUCUAGUUCCUACUGUGGAUACAACACGCACUACAUGGUUGUUAGAACAGAUGGUAAAAAUCAAACACCCUGUUGUUCUUGUUGGUGAAUCUGGCACUUCUAAGACUGCAACUACACAAACAUUUCUAAAAAACCUAAACCAAGACACUAAUGUGCUGCUAAUAAUUAACUUCUCUUCUCGUACAACAUCAAUGGAUAUUCAGAGAAACUUGGAAGCAAAUGUAGAGAAACGUACUAAGGAUACUUAUGGGCCCCCUAUGGGAAAGCGUCUCCUGGUUUUCAUGGAUGAUAUGAACAUGCCAAGGGUUGAUGAAUAUGGCACACAGCAACCAAUUGCCUUGUUGAAGUUGCUCUUGGAAAAAGGUUCCUUAUAUGACCGUGGUAAGGAGAUGAAUUGUAAGAGUCUUCGAGACCUUGGCUUUAUUGCUGCCAUGGGCAAAGCUGGAGGAGGUCGUAAUGAAGUUGACCCUCGAUUCAUUUCACUCUUCAGUGUUUUCAAUGUACCUUUUCCUUCUGAGGCAUCUUUGCAUUUGAUUUAUGCCUCCAUCCUGAAAGGUCACACUGAGAUUUUUAAUGACUCUAUAGCAGCGAUCGCUGACAAGAUGACAUUCUGUACUUUGGAACUUUAUAAAGCGAUUGUCCGGGAUCUACCCCCAACUCCUUCCAAAUUCCAUUAUAUUUUUAAUCUGCGUGAUCUCUCCAGGGUCUACAAUGGACUUGUUCUUACAACCCCAGAGCGGUUCCAAACAGUCACACAGAUGGUGCGAGUCUGGAGAAAUGAGUGCCUGAGAGUUUUCCAUGACAGAUUGAUCAAUGAAGUAGACAAGACACUGGUACAAGAGCAUAUACAAGGCUUGAUUCAAGAGCAUUACAAAGAUGAUUUAGAGCAGGCCAUGAGAGACCCUAUUCUUUUUGGAGACUUCAGAAUGGCACUGAAUGAAGAGGAACCUCGUGUUUAUGAAGACAUCCAGGACUAUGAUGCAGCAAAAGCUCUCUUUCAGGAGAUUCUUGAAGAGUACAAUGAAGUUAAUACAAAAAUGAAUCUGGUGCUUUUUGAUGAUGCUUUGGAGCAUUUAACCCGCGUGCAUCGCGUCAUACGGAUGGAUCGUGGUCAUGCGCUGCUCGUAGGAGUGGGAGGCUCAGGAAAACAGUCCCUGGCAAGACUGGCUGCAUAUACAGCUGGAUGUGAGGUGUUUGAAAUUGUUCUGAGUCGAGGAUAUGGAGAAAAUAAUUUCCGUGAAGACUUAAAAACACUGUAUGUAAAGCUUGGUAUUGAGAACAAGUCGAUGAUUUUCCUGUUUACAGAUGCCCAUGUGGCAGAAGAAGGUUUCCUGGAACUCAUCAACAAUAUGUUAACUUCAGGAAUUGUACCAGCACUUUUUCCAGACGAUGAAAAAGACUCCAUACUCAGUCAGAUUGGAGAUGAAGCUAUUAAAGCUGGAAUGGGACCUGCUAAAGAAAGUGUGUGGCAGUAUUUUGUAAAUAAGAGUGCAAACAACCUUCACAUUGUACUUGGGAUGUCACCAGUUGGUGAUACCCUGAGAACGCGUUGCAGAAAUUUCCCAGGUCUUGUCAACAAUACUGGUAUUGACUGGUUCUUGCCCUGGCCCCCACAAGCCUUGUACGCAGUUGCCAAGUCCUUUUUAGGGGAAAAUCCACUGAUCCCGGCAGAGCACACAGAGUUUGUGAUUGAGCACAUAGUCAUGGUGCACGAAUCUGUAGGGAAUUUCAGUAAAAAAUUCCUACAAAAGCUGAGACGCAGCAACUAUGUUACGCCAAAGAAUUAUCUUGAUUUCAUUAAUACUUACUCAAAAUUGCUGGAAGAGAAAAAUCAGUUCAUUUUAGCACAAUGCAAACGUCUGGAAGGAGGAUUAGCUAAACUGAAGGAAGCUACUGUUCAGCUGGAUGAACUAAAUGAGAAACUUGCAGAGCAGAAGAUUGUAUUAGCUGAAAAAUCAGCUGCCUGUGAGGCCUUGUUACAAGAGAUAGCAACCAACACAGCAAUAGCUGAGGAGAAGAAAAAAUUGGCUGAAGAAAAAGCGGUGGAGAUAGAAGAACAGAAUAAGGUCAUUGCUGUGGAAAAGAAGGAUGCUGAGACAUCCCUGGCUGAGGCCAUGCCUAUUUUAGAAGCUGCUAAACUGGAGCUGCAGAAGCUUGACAAGUCUGAUGUCACAGAGAUUAGAUCCUUUGCUAAGCCCCCUAAACAGGUGCAGACUGUUUGUGAAUGUAUCCUCAUAAUGAGAGGAUACAAAGAAUUAAACUGGAAGAUGGCCAAAGGAAUGAUGUCUGACCCAAAUUUCCUGCGAUCCCUAAUGGAGAUAGAUUUUGAUGGAAUUACUCAGACCCAAGUUAAAUCCGUCCGAGCUCUGUUAAAGAAUCUGAACACGACAUUUGAAGAAAUGGAAGCUGUUAGCAGAGCAGGAUUGGGAAUGUUAAAAUUUGUCGAUGCAGUAAUGAGUUACUGUGACGUAGCUAAGGAAAUCAGGCCAAAGAGAGAAAAGGUGGCUAGACUGGAAAGGAACUACUACUUAAGUAAACGUGAUCUGGAAAAGAUACAGACAGAGCUGGCGACAAUUCAGAGGGAGCUCAAAGCUUUGGGAGAUAAGUAUGAAGCUGCAAUAAGGGAAAAACAACAAUUACAAGAAGAAGCAGAGAUCAUGGAAAGGAGACUUAUCGCUGCUGACAAGCUCAUCUCUGGCUUGGGAUCUGAAAAUAUAAGAUGGACAAAUGACUUAGAGGAGUUAAAAAUGCGAAAAGUGAAGCUGCUAGGCGACUGUCUACUUUGCGCUGCUUUUUUGAGCUAUGAAGGGGCAUUCAAUUGGGAUUUCCGUAAUGAGAUGAUCUACCAUGAGUGGCAAGAAGAUAUACGAUCACGAGAGAUUCCUCUCAGCCAGCCUUUUAGAUUGGAAUACCUCCUGACUGAUGAUGUAGAGAUUAGCAGGUGGGGCUCCCAAGGUUUGCCUCCAGAUGAGCUCUCUGUUCAGAAUGGCAUUCUGACAACACGUGCUAGCCGAUUCCCUUUGUGCAUAGACCCCCAGCAGCAGGCAUUAAAUUGGAUCAGGAGAAAAGAAGAAAAAAAUAAUUUGAGGAUGGCCUCCUUUAAUGACCCUGAUUUCCUUAAACAACUAGAAAUGGCUAUAAAGUAUGGGAGUCCUUUCUUGUUCCAUGACGUAGAUGAAUACAUAGAUCCUGUGAUUGACAAUGUCUUAGAAAAGAAUAUAAAAGUUACCCAGGGGCGAAUAUUUAUUGUGCUGGGUGAUAAGGAGGUAGACUAUGACAAUAAUUUCAAAUUGUACUUGAACACCAAGCUAUCGAAUCCUAAAUAUUCACCGUCGGUGUUUGGAAAAGCCAUGGUUAUCAACUACACAGUUACACUAAAAGGCCUGGAGGAUCAGCUGCUCAGUGUUAUUGUGGGGUUUGAAAGAAGAGAGCUAGAAGAGCAGAGAGAACAUCUUAUCCAGGAAACCAGCGAGAACAAAAACUUGCUGAAAGAUUUGGAAGACUCUCUCCUCCGGGAACUAGCCACUUCCACAGGAAACAUGUUGGAUAAUGUGGACUUGGUGCACACCCUGGAGGAGACAAAAGCCAAAGCUAGUGAGGUAUCAGAGAAACUCAAGCUGGCUGAGAAGACGGCAGUGGACAUUGACAAGCUGCGAGAUGGUUACCGACCUGCUGCUAAGAGGGGCGCCAUUUUGUUCUUUGUUUUGUCUGAAAUGGCCCUUGUCAACACCAUGUAUCAAUAUUCCUUGGCCUCCUUCUUAGAUGUGUUUGGGUUUUCGCUUCGGAAAUCCAUGCCCCACUCAAUUCUUCCAAAGAGGCUAAAAAAUAUCAUGGACACAUUGACAUUCAACAUAUAUAACUAUGGCUGCACAGGCUUGUUUGAGAGACACAAGUUACUAUUUUCCUUCAAUAUGACUAUCAAGAUAGAACAAGCUGAUGGCAGAGUCCCACAAGAAGAACUGGACUUCUUUUUAAAAGGCAAUAUUUCCCUGGAGAAGAGUACACGAAAGAAGCCGUGUGCUUGGCUUUUGGAUCAAGGCUGGGAGGACAUAAUUCGCCUAUCUGAACUAUUUCCUGAGGAGUUUGGGUCUCUUCCAGAUGACGUGGAAAAAAAUCCUGAAAUAUGGAAAGAAUGGUAUGAUCUGGAUGCCCUAGAACAAUCACCAUUUCCCAUGCAAUACCAAAACAGUCUCACACAUUUUCAGAAGCUGCUGCUUUUACGGUGUUUCCGAGUAGACCGUGUAUAUCGCGCAGUGACUGACUACGUUACUCUGACAAUGGAUGAGAAAUAUGUUCAGCCUCCUGUGAUCAGUUUUGAAGCUAUCUUUGAGCAGAGCACACCUAACUCGCCCAUCGUUUUUAUCCUAAGUCCUGGCUCUGACCCUGCCAGUGACCUCAUGAAACUGGCUGAUCGGACAGGCUUUGGAGGGAAUCGCCUCAAGUUCCUUGCCAUGGGACAAGGACAAGAAAAGGUUGCACUGCAGUUGCUGGAGAAUGCAGUGGCUCGCGGACAGUGGUUAAUGUUGCAGAACUGUCAUCUUUUGGUGAAAUGGCUGAUUGAUUUGGAGAAAGCAUUGGAGAGAAUUACUAAGCCUCAUCCAGACUUCCGCCUGUGGCUGACUACUGACCCCACACUGGGCUUUCCCAUUGGAAUACUUCAGAAGUCUUUAAAGGUUGUAACAGAACCACCGAAUGGGCUGAAACUGAAUAUGAGAGCCACUUACUUCAAAAUUCCCCAUGAAGCCCUUGAGCAAUGCCCCCAUAGCGCAUUUAAAUCACUGGUCUAUGUCUUAGCAUUUUUCCAUGCGGUGGUUCAGGAGAGAAGGAAGUUUGGGAAGAUUGGCUGGAAUGUACCAUAUGAUUUUAAUGAAUCUGAUUUCCAGGUGUGCAUGGAAAUCCUGAAUACGUACUUGACCAAAGCCUACCAGCAAAAUGAUGACAAAAUUCCAUGGGGCAGUCUCAAGUAUCUCAUUGGAGAGGUCAUGUACGGUGGGCGUGCAAUUGACAGCUUUGAUCGUCGCAUUCUGACCAUAUAUAUGGAUGAGUAUUUAGGGGAUUUCAUAUUUGACACAUUCCAACCAUUCCAUUUUUAUAAAAAUGAAGAGGUUGAUUAUAAAAUCCCAGAAGGGAAUUCAAAGGAUGACUUUGUUGAGGAGCUAGAGUCUCUACCACUUGCUAAUACCCCAGAGGUAUUUGGUCUUCAUCCCAAUGCUGAAAUCGGAUACUAUACACAGGCUGCUCGAGAUAUGUGGUCUCAUCUUCUUGAGCUGCAACCUCAAACAGGGGAAUCUGGCAGUGGAAUUGGUCGAGAUGAAUAUAUUGGACAGGUUGCAAAGGACAUAGAAAACAAGAUGCCUCAAAUAUUUGAUCUUGACCAGAUAAGAAAGACUUUGGGAAUAGAAAUUUCGCCAACAACAGUUGUGCUGUUGCAGGAAUUGGAACGUUUUAACAAACUGAUCAUUCGUAUGUCCAGAUCCCUGGCUGAACUACAAAGAGCCUUGGCUGGGGAAGUUGGAAUGAGCAGUGAACUGGAUGAAGUGGCUCGGGCUCUCUUUAAUGGACAGAUCCCUAGCAUCUGGAGAAAGCUGGCACCUGACACACUAAAAACACUUGGAAAUUGGAUGAUUUACUUUAAGAAUAGGUAUAACCAGUACACAUCCUGGGUUAAUGAGGGUGAACCAAAUGUUAUGUGGCUCUCAGGACUACAUAUUCCCGAGUCUUAUCUCACAGCUCUUGUUCAAGCCACCUGUAGGAAAAAUGGCUGGCCACUGGAUCGCUCCACCCUGUACACACAAGUGACCCAGUAUGGUACUGCAGAGGAAGUCACCGAGCGCCCUGGGCAAGGAUGCUUUGUUUCUGGUCUAUACCUGGAAGGAGCAGACUGGGACAUUGAGAAUUGCUGUCUUGCCCGGAGCAAGCCCAAAGUCUUGAUGGUAGAUUUACCUAUUUUAAAGAUAAUUCCUAUCGAAUCACAUCGGCUCAAACUACAGAACACAUUCCGGACACCUGUGUACACAACCUCCAUGAGAAGAAAUGCCAUGGGCAUUGGCUUAGUUUUUGAAGCUGAUCUUUCAACCAUAAAGCAUAUUUCCCACUGGGUGCUGCAAGGGGUGUGUCUCACUUUGAACUCUGACUGACACCUUAAACUGUCCAUUUCCCACACCCAAAGUGCAUUGGUGGAUAUCUGAGAACAACUUAUGAAGUCAAAUUAAGCCAAGAAGCACGGGAUCAAGUUUUUUGCUCCCUAUGUUUUCAAGAGAAUUCUACUGAUUUUAAACUGGCCCAGAGACAUUUUCAAAAUAAGUAUUUGCAGCAAUUUUUCCUAAGACAUUAUGAUUUAGUAAAUACAAAGCACCAUGCAGUUUAACUUAUAUUUAAUUUUGUCUUCAAAUUUAAAGAAGAAUUUUAGCCAUUUAUGUCAAUUUGUAUUUAACUUUUUCUAUACUUUUGAAAAAUAAAGGGUUUAGCCUUUUAGGCUGGAGAGUUCUUAAAACAAAAUCUCGCACACAAAUACUGUCAUAGGUUGGGAUGAUUAGAAGAAACGUUUUUCACUUCCCCCUGCAUCCUGCUAUAGUCUUUCUUUAGAAGAGAUUCUUUCCCUGCUCAGAGAGCAAAGAGGUGGGUUGUUCAGUCAUGCCACAGACUGGUUUUGAUAUCACUGUAGCUUCAAUCUUACACUUUACUGUA